AUAUAGAAAACUGAAGCCGAAUAGCCGACAACGAGGAGCUUCUCGUCGCUCCAUUGCAAUCGGAAACAUCUUCUAUCUCGAUUCUCGCAGAUUGCUCUCAUCUCCCUUGAGUCGCUCAUCAUUUGCUUAUAGUAAUCCAGAAAUUCCGUUAUUUCAGGGCUUUCAUUUAAAAAAUGGGCAGUAGAUUGGGAAGAAGAGUUGUUAACUUUGCCAAUAUCCCAAUAAAGCUUCUCAUGCCCUCUUCUUUUUCAAACAUUACCGAAAUCGCCCUCAAAACCAUCCCCUCUGCUUCAAAGAUUGAAAUCAAGAGAGUUUUGGAAUCAUUAUACGGAUUUGAAGUGGACGAGGUUCGAACCCUAAACAUGGAUGGAAAGAAGAAGAAAAGAGGUGGAGUUUUGAUUGCUAAACCUGAUUACAAAAAAGCAUAUGUUACUUUAAGAAACCCUCUUUCAAUAUCCCCUGAUUUAUACCCUAUUCGUGUAAUCCAAGAGGAAAAGAAGAACAUGAUGAGCAAACAGGCUAAAUCAAGCAUUGUUGAAGGCGAUGAAACAAAGAAGACACAUUGGCUUGAUGGUGGUGGGGUUAAGAAACAGACUGGUUAUGGCGGUAGGGAGCGGCGGGGAGUGGAGGACCGCCGGAGGGGUGGCGGUGGCACUGAUAGCACCGCCGGGACGUCCAAGUUUCCGUGGACUGCCAUGCGGUCUACCGCUAGAUAGGCUUUUGAUGUUGGUGGGUUCGUUGAAUAAUAUGCAUUCUAGGUGUUUGAUGAAAUGUCUGGGUGAAAAGUUAUCAUUAGACUUUGUUUUUGUUUGUUUGUUUUGAAAUUAUUCAACAAGGGAAGGGCUCAAACUUUCAUUUCA